UUCUACUCGGCGACUGUUCAUUAUGAAACUGUUACAAGUUGUUCUGGUGUUGGUUUUCGUGGCAAUAAUUGCUGCAAAAGUUCCACAUACAAGACAGAGCUCACUGAAUGUGCUAGCCCAGGUGAAAUCAGCGAUUCCCAGUAAACGGAGUAGAUCCAGCCAGCAGACCACCGAAGAUGUGCUCAAUAAUUUCUUCCGCAGCGUUCUGACAACACAGACUGAGGCUGUCCAUAUGGUCUUGGCCAUCGAAGACGAUUUGACGACCUUUGGCGAAAGUAUCGAAUACUGGUGUUGGGAAUACAACGCCUUAACGCUGGAAAGCACCGUAAGGUGGAUUGGCGGGGGUUACAGCGAUUGUUUGGACAAGCUGGACACAUCUGUCGCCGAAUUACUUGCUGAAGUAAUUGGUCGUAAUCAUGAUCAGGAGGAGGAUCUAAGUCAGUACCAUGUAUUCGCACUCUUCCGGAAGAGCAACAUUAUCAGCAAUCCAGAAGCCAUCGGAAACAAUAUUGCUUCGAUCGACUUUGGCAUCACAAAGGACAUCCCGGAGCUUGGCGGCGAACUGUCUGCUUUUGAAAACAAUUUGAACGAGAUACUUACUGCAUAUUCUAAAUGUUUGACUCAAAAGUUUAUCUCUCAGCAGGAGGUUUUUGAUAAUAUUCUGAAGACCUCUAAAUUAUGUGCAGAUAUUGACUGAAAAUGCUAAAGACCAAUUAUCACAAAAACUGGCGAUGUAGAACAUGCUGUAAGCGUUCAAUAAAGCACUUUUUUCACAAAACUAAAAGACUU